CGCCACGCUGCCUCCCCAGUGCGCAUGCUCCGCCGAGCCGCGGUACCCCGAGCCGGCCCUGGCGGCGUCGGCAAAGGAAGUUUCCGCUUUGCCUUCCACCCGGGUAGCAGCGUAGCUGUAGGGACAGCUUUCUCCAGACGCUCGGUGGGCAUCGCCGCCGCCCCACGUUAACUUAGGCUGAUCAUGGGGUGGCCCAAGGGGCAGGAGAACCAGGGUCUCCCUGAGGUAGAAACAAGAGAAGAUGAAGAACAAAAUGUCAAGUUGACUGAAAUUCUGGAACUCUUGGUUGCAGCUGGAUAUUUCAGGGCAAGAAUUAAAGGCUUGUCACCUUUUGACAAGGUAGUAGGAGGAAUGACUUGGUGUAUCACCACUUGUACCUUUGAUAUAGAUGUUGAUUUGCUCUUUCAGGAAAACUCUACAAUAGGUCAAAAAAUAGCUCUAUCAGAAAAGAUUGUCUCAGUCCUUCCAAGGAUGAAAUGUCCACACCAGCUGGAACCCCACCAGAUCCAAGGGAUGGAUUUUAUUCACAUAUUUCCUGUUGUUCAGUGGCUGGUGAAACGAGCUAUAGAAACAAGAGAAGAGAUGGGUGACUACAUCCGUUCCUACUCCAUAUCCCAAUUCCAGAAAACGUACAGUCUCCCCGAGGAUGAUGACUUCAUAAAAAGAAAAGACAAGGCCAUCAAGACAGUUGUCAACCUCUCAGAUGUUUACAAGCCCCGUCGGAAGUACAAACGCCAACAGGGAGCGGAGGAGCUACUUGAUGAAGAAUCUCGAAUCCACGCUACACUUUUGGAAUAUGGCAGGAGAUAUGGAUUUAGCCGCCAGAACCAAACAGAGAAGACUGAGGACAAGAAAACACCACUGCCUGCAGGGUUGUCAGCUACAGAGAAAACAGAUGUCCAAGAGGAGGAUGAGCUUCAGGCAGCUGAAGAGCAGCAUAUUCAGUCACUGAUGACCAAGAUGACCGCCAUGGCAAAUGAAGAGAGCCGUCUCACUGCAAGCUCCGUGGGCCAGAUUGUGGGCCUCUGCUCGGCUGAGAUCAAGCAGAUUGUGUCUGAGUACGCAGAGAAGCAGUCUGAGCUAUCAGCAGAAGAAAGUCCAGAAAAAUUAGGAACCUCUCAGCUACAUCAUCGGAAAAUUAUUUCCUUGAACAAGCAGAUUCUACAGAAGACCAAACAUCUGGAAGAGUUGCAAGCAAAUCAUACCAACCUCCAAGCCAGAUAUAAUGAAACGAAGAAAACACUAACAGAGUUGAAGAGUCAUAGUGAGAAACUGGACAAAGAGCAAGCAGCCCUUGAGAUGAUAGAAUCUAAAGCAGAUCCAAGUAUUCUGCAGAACUUGAGAGCACUUGUAGCCAUGAAUGAAAAUCUGAAAAGUCAGGAACAGGAGUUUAAAGCACAUUGCCGAGAAGAGAUGACACGGCUGCAGCAGGAAAUUGAAACCCUGAAAGCUGAGAAAACACCAGAUGAAAAGACUCUCUCCAGUGGAGAGCUGCAUGGUGUGCUGACCUCUGUAAUGACUCACAAUGAAGACCUAGACAAGCGGUAUAAUAUGGAAAAAGAGAAACUUUACAAGAUCCGCUUACUACAGGCUCGAAGAAAUCGAGAAAUAGCAAUUUUGCAUCGCAAGAUUGAUGAAGUACCCAGCCGAGCUGAGUUAAUACAGUAUCAGAAGAGAUUCAUUGAACUCUACCGCCAGAUUUCAGCUGUGCACAAAGAAACCAAGCAGUUCUUCACUUUAUAUAAUACCUUGGAUGACAAAAAGGUUUAUUUGGAAAAAGAGAUUAGUCUACUCAAUUCAAUUCAUGAGAACUUCUCACAAGCCAUGGCUUCUUCUGCUGCCCGGGACCAGUUUUUACGUCAGAUGGAACAGAUCGUAGAAGGAAUUAAACAAAGUAGGAUGAAGAUGGAGAAGAAGAAGCAAGAGAACAAAAUGAGAAGAGACCAAUUGAACGACGAGUACUUGGAACUGCUAGAGAAGCAGAGACUAUACUUUAAGACUGUGAAAGAGUUCAAAGAGGAGGGCCGAAAGAAUGAGGUGCUGCUGUCCAAGGUAAAAGCAAAGGCCUCCUGAUCAUUCCCAAUUUUCGUAUGUCUCUUGAUUUUUUUUAAAUGCCAUGUAUUAACUACAAGACAUGAAAUGGUUCUGAAUGCAACAGUAGAGAGCUACAGGUGUAUUAAUUUCAACUCCCUGGAUAUUUUCUGUCCUAUUUGCUACCACAUCAUCUCUAUUAGCUGUUGAUGGAAUCAGAAAAUGUAAACACUGGCUUGGAUAACACCCACUGUCCUGUGAGGAAACAUGGACAGUACUUACUCUCUAUGUCCACUCAACUUUUAUCUCUCCAGUAACGUUACACUUACAAAGGUACCUGUAUUUGUAUAGACUCUUAAUAAAGAAUUCUUUUGUUCAGCAAAUAUUAAUUGAGCAACCACUGAGAAAUAAGCAUGGAGGGGGAUUUUAUCAGUAUAAACCACACUCCCUAUACCUCCCCACUUCCAAACAUUCAGCAAGUGGCCCAGGAAGCAGAUACCCACUGGACACCAGAGCUUGACCAUCUUGAAGUUUAUUUUAUUUUGUUUCAGUAAACUGUUGGGUGAAUGAUCUGCCAGUGUGAGUGACAGUCACUUGGGCCCUUCACUUGUGGUGCUUUUUGUUCCUGGCUUCUCAAGGUACCAGCUAGCAGGCUUGAAUGGUAUACAUAGUAACUUGAGUGAAAGCUGUUUCAUUGAUUUAAUCCUUAUAUACCCUUUAGGUUUAUUUCACCAAAAAAAGUUGAAGGUGGGGCUCAUACUGAGCAUGUUUCAAAAACAGUUACACCUGUGUCCUAGUUGUCAUUUGAGUCAUAGGCUACAUGUGGAUGGGCUUUCGGAUCCCUUUAUUGAAAGCAUAUUUCAUAUUCCUAUACUGUAGAGAAGGUCAUGGUCUGAUCAAAGAAAGAGACAUGCACCAUACUGACUGCUGACAGGGCAGGCACACUGAAAGACAGUAACAGGUACUGUGGGGCAGAGGAAGAAGCAAUGGGUUGUGCGGAAGUAUGGAAGUCUUCAUAGAAGGGCAGCUAAUAUUUGGGCUAGAUCUGAAGGGAGAAUAGCAUGUUCCACAGAGAUAGGAAAUAAUUUUUGAUCAAGCUACACUGAUUGAAACUCAAGAGGGUGUAAAUGGGCACAGAGCAUUCAUACUGGGAGCGGAGGGGAUGUUCUGAAAUCUGCAGGAGGCUUCAGAGACCUGGCUCAAUAGCUAAUGAAUUUUAUUCUCUGUAAAUGAGCAGUCCAAAGAAAAUACAGAGCUUCUGUGCUGGCUCUUGGGAAUCUGGCAAUUUAGUCUUGGUCAGUGUACCCCAGUGUGAGGUUUGUACUCCAUUUUUCAUAAACCAGGCACAUAUAUACUGUUCAAUAGCAGAUUUGGACUGUAAAAUGCAGACACCUGAACAUGUCAGGCAAGUGGGACAUUCGGCACAGGCACAGAAACACUGUUCAUCUUUAGCUCCCUAAUGUAUAUGAUGAAAGGCUGGGAUGAACAGACUUUAAAACAUCCCACUCUGGCUAACAGCUAACACCACCAUUGCUUUGUGCCAAGGCCAGUGAGGUGCUGUGAGAGCAGCAGCAUCUGAAAUGGUACCUCCCUGUGCCAGUGCACUUCCUGGCCUUGUGUAUCUUCACUUCCACUCAUUCCUGAGUCAUGGUCAUGUGGAAAUUUUGAAGGGGCUCAAUAAAGGUGAAAUAGGUAUUAUUUAAGAAGUGUCAUUUUGAAGGUAGGAGACAGCAGAAGUUUGUCUAUUUAAAAUUAUUUCAGUUUCAGAGAAGCAUCUGUAUUAACCAUGUAAAGAAACUUAAAGACUCACCCUGGCUAACUGGACUUUGUGAACAAUUGGGAGAUCGUUAGAGUAUUUGUGCACAGGUGUUAGGGAACUGGGAAUAGUUGAUAUUCUGGAGUUACCCUAGUCCACCUGUCUUUGUUGGAGGAAAGUAUGGCAUAACUGAUCCAAAGCAACUAAUAAUGCUUUUUAAAAGUGGAGCCCUUUAUUUUGGGCUGUGUUUCUAGAGUUCCGUUUGUUUUGGUUUUGUUGUGGAGAAGUACUGAUAGAUGUCUUUACCCUUUCUUUAGUUUACAAGGCCUAAUAUAGAUGAUAAAUUAGUCUUCGUUGCUUGAACAUACUUCAAAUUAGACUGCAAUAGCUAUUCUUGAGAAUUCCACGGUUGCUGCAGAUAGCCUUCAGUGUGGAUACUGUUGUGAGUAAUUAGGACAUUGGGCAGGUAGAACAGUCAGGCCUUAUAGGUUAAAACAGUGCACUGAGGUCUGUGAUCAUUUCAAGAGGCACUCGUGAUAGUAGGGGCAGGGGUCUUCCUGAGGCCAUAUCUUUCUUAGCCCAGAGCCACAGUGUUGUAUUUUGCUGAACCCACAGGCUUUUUCAGAAGUACAAGGAAGAGAGAAAACAUCCUUUAGUUACUGUUUAUGAAUGUUUGCUUCAGGAGAAAGCAGACAGUUCUCAGAACACUGAGCCCCCUAAUGGGACUGGGUGCCUGUUACCCUGGAUAUCUUCGUGCUCAUGUGCAUCUCAUAGAGUAUGCAAGGCUGCUCUGAUAUGAACCAAAAGGCUUCUGAGAACAGGACCAGAUUUUCUGCUUAUGACACGUCUGUGGAGAUACUUGGACAUUUGGUAGCUGUCCUUGGCUUGUGUCCAGUCCCUAUAGAUGACAGGACAGCUAGCAGCACUAGAGGGAGAUACAUUGUAUUAGAAAAUUGUCACAAAGUCACACAGGAGUGUGCUUCCUUAUAAUAGAGAGUAAGUUCCAGGUUUGUCAGGCAUAAGCUUUUGCUAGAAUCUGACAUUCAUGGUUUUAACUGGGUCUGGUUUGAUAGCCCAUAUUUUGAGGACAGCCAAGCCUUUCAGCCAUGUCCACUGAGUCUGGCAGUAGAAUUGGGAGACAGGAGAACCAGUACAGGUUGGAGGUCUUUCCAAGCCUAGGCUGAGGAAAUAGUCUCCAACACCACCACAGCCCCUGCGACUCCCUGAAACCCUGAGUAGAGGAUAGGGAAUGCCAUCAGACAGCACUCUUAUCUCACAAGGUGCCACUCCUGUGACUUUGGUAUUGUUACAUAUGGCGGGUCCUGAACACAUCUGUAUUAACUAAAGCCAGCCUGCUUGAAAGAGCACUUGUAACAGCUGUGGCCUGCAGCCUGUGCUACCUGGAUUUCUGCUGCUCAGCAUGGUCUUGUUUUGCUUACUUUUUGGGUGACUAUUGAUCAGUUUAAGAGGGAACUAGGCAUUCUAGCAAUAAUUUUAUUGGUUACUAUAGCUGAGCCCAAGUCUCUUAUGAAAUGCGUAUAAUUGGAUUGAAACAUGCUUUGAGUCAGAACACUUUAAGGAAGUCCUUUAUUACUAACUCAUGGCCAGUGUUGACCACAAGGUAAAAGAACAUAGUACAGAUGAACAGCCCAGUAGGGUGUGUGCCAUUGUCUAUCCCUGUUGUGGGGCAUUCCCAGGGAAAAUGCCUUCUUUUAUCCACCUUCAGAGUCCCCCAUGCCCUUUCUUAGUAUUCUAUGCUCAGUUUAGUGUAGGCCUUUUUAUAGCACAUGGCAAUAAGGUGAAAUACUACAUAAAAAUAUAUAAUAUCCAUAGGGAAUGGGGAAGGGGACAUAACCAGGACCUCUGCCAUGGGUCCUGGCCUCUCAGCCACCACAGCACGAGGGGAAUUAAAGAAGAGACAGGAAAUGAGACUUACAGUGGAGAAGCUGAGUUUCGGGUCCUGAUCAGUGCUCCUGAUGGCAUCAAAGACAAAGGCCCCCAAGCGCGUCCAGUAUUUAUUGAAUACAAUCGUAGGAAGGAAUAGGGAGCAGGGUAUGCUUUGAAGGCAUCUAGUGAAAUACUGCCGAACACCUGGCAUGGUGGUACCAGGCAGGGCUGUUAGGGAGUAAGCACUGUUUAUCUUGCUUGGAUAGAACAAACCAGUACUGGGUGCAAUUAGCAGGCAACCAUCGGGUCAGUGAGGAGCCAUAAUUCAGGGAAAAGGAUUUUAAUUGGGGUCAUGCUGACCUCAGCUGCAUGAAACUCAGAGCCCUGCCACUUCAUGGACCAGGGCCUAGGUUUCCAUGGCAGCCAUUGCGGGAGGGACUAUACUCUCCUAGUCUGCCGUCUGACAAGCCCAUUUGAGUUGAAGAGAGCUUCAGUCUGACUCUUGAUAUAAAACAAUAUAGCCAAAUUAUGGAAAGCAAGAAGCAGUUGCCACUAGGUGCUAGUACUCAGCAGGGAUGUCUGCUACAAAUAUCUCCCCUCUCCUCAAAAUAAAUAUGUAAGACUAUUAAUAAAGAUUUAAUAGCAGAUCUGAAGUAUAUUUGAAAACAUGGGGAACUCUGACUUCCCAUCAGCCUUAUGUCAGUACCCCAGAUGGGCUAAGCUCAUACCCUUCGUGGCUGUUGGCCUGCUGUUCCUUCUGCCUAGAGCUCUUUCUCCUCCAAGAUCUUGGGCAGUGGCAUUCCCUAGCUUCCACCCUGAUCUUACUCUGCUCAUCCCCUGCUCUGUCUUUAUAGCACAUGCCACUGUUUAAAUGCCUGUUUGUCCUUUGCCAGGUCUGUUUCCUGCCUUCUCAUCUGGAAUAUAAAGGCAAAAACAAAAUACAAGGACCUUGCCUCUUUUGCCAUAGUCUGCCCAGUGUCUGGCUCAGGCAGAUGAUCAGGAAAUGCUGCUUGCAUAAAUUUGCUUCUACAAAUUGCAGCUUUGCAUCCCUGUAUUAGCAAAAUUUAGAUUUAACCUUUCCUGUAAUUUAUGCUUAGUUUGAAACAGGUUGACAGUUCUGUUCAGCAGCCUAGGAGGAACUCUCAGAGUAUGUUCGUUAUUCUUUAACCUUGAGGGUUAGGAUGAAAAAAGGUGUCAGAGUUUUCAAACCUUUCAAAGGAAUUACCUUUUUAAAGGAAGAGGAAGGUGCACACUAAUGUCAGAUAAGAUUAUGUUUUGGUUCCAAAUGUUUCAUGAAUCUGAAGGUAACUUGCCUGGUAGAAUGUCUCAGCCUCCUGAAACUAAGAAGUAAAAUGCUAUUACAAGGCUGUGGGAAGCAGCACUUGGACAUGGGCUUAACAGAAGUAUGGAUUAUACAACUUCUUGGAGGACACUUGGACAAUAUGUUUCACAAGUGCACACGCACAAUCUUUUGAACCAGCAAGGCUAUAUCUGAGAAUUUUUCCUAUAUACAAGGAUUUUUAUUAAAGCAUUGUUUUUAAUAGCAAAAAGUUGGAAACUGCCACCAAUAUAGGACAAUUGUGGACAGUUCCCCUGAUGGGAGUAUUUUGUUUAAUAAAAGAACAGAGCUAA